UGUGGCCUCCCGCGGUCUCCUCUGCAAAUGGGCUCCCUGGCCUAGCGCCCCCGUUAUCCCGUUAUCCCGUUAUCGCGCGCCGAGGUCCGCGAGGGGUCGCUGCCAAGGUUUCCACCAGUGCACAAGCAAGAGCAUGGCCGCCAUCCCCUCCAGCGGCUCACUCGUGGCCACCCACGACUACUACUGGCGCCGCCGUGGUUCCACUUCCAGUAACAGCUCCUGUGGAAGUGCCCAGUACCCUGGGGAAGCCAUCCCCCACCACCCGGGUCUCCCCAAAGCCGACCCGGGUCACUGGUGGGCAAGCUUCUUUUUUGGGAAGUCCACUCUCCCAUUCAUGGCCACAGUGUUGGAGUCCCCAGAGCACUCGGAAUCUCCCCAGGCCUCCAGCAGCAUGAUCACCUGUGACCUGGCUCGGGAAGCCACAAGGAAGCAGCCUGGCGGCCAGCCUGGCAAAGUCAACGCUGGGCCCCCAUCCUGAGUAGCCAG